GUCAGCGCAGCGUGUUGGUAUCGGAGAGAGAGAGAGAGAGACAGGAAAAGGGAAAGGAGAGAGAGAGAGAGAGAGAGGUAUAUCGGAAUUUAGGAGCUGAGGUUGGAGGACCUAAAGCUGCUCUAAUCGGCCUGUUUGAGCGGAGUAUCGCUGCGGGGAAGCGGACAGAGCUGCUGCUGCUGAGGCUGAAGCUCCUCCAGAAGAGAAUGGCACUGCUGGGAGUCGCGUGUCGCUUUCUCCGGUUCUCCAGGUGUGGUGGCCAGGUCAGCCUGUGUGUCAGAGCGCCCCUCAGAUGGCAGUCUACCGCCACCGCGGCCGCCUUCGCCAGCCCUCCCACUCCUGAAGCCCAGGAGAACAGGAAGCCCAAGACUGGAAUACUCAUGCUGAACAUGGGAGGACCAGAGAAACUCGAAGACGUUCACGACUUCUUGUUACGGCUUUUCAUGGACACGGAUCUGAUGCAGUUACCUGUUCAAAAUAAACUAGGCCCCUUCAUAGCCAAGCGCCGCACCCCGAAGAUCCAGGAGCAGUACAGUAAGAUAGGGGGAGGGUCUCCCAUCAAAGCCUGGACCACCAUGCAGGGGGAGGGCAUGGUUAAACUACUGGAUGAGAUGUGUCCAGAGACUGCACCGCACAAGUUCUACAUCGGCUUCCGCUACGUGCACCCGCUGACCGAGGAGGCCAUUGAGGAGAUGGAGAAGGAUGGAGUGGAGAGAGCUGUAGCUUUUACCCAGUAUCCUCAGUAUAGCUGCUCCACCACAGGCAGCAGCCUCAAUGCCAUCUACAGAUACUACAGCAACAAAGCCACUAGGCCUAAGAUGCGCUGGAGUGUGAUUGACAGAUGGCCCACCCACCCUCUGCUCAUUGAGUGUUUUGCUGAGCAUGUGCGUAAUGAGUUGGAUAAGUUCCCUGCUGAGAAGAGGGAUGACGUGGUCAUUCUGUUCUCCGCUCACUCGCUGCCCAUGUCCGUGGUGAACAGGGGAGACCCGUACCCUCAGGAGGUCGGUGCUACAGUGCAGAGGGUGAUGGAGAGGUUAGGCCACUGUAACCCUUACCGCCUCGUGUGGCAGUCGAAGGUGGGCCCGAUGGCUUGGCUAGGGCCGCAGACUGAUGAGGUGAUUAAGGGUUUGUGUCAGAGAGGAAAGAAGAACCUGCUGUUGGUCCCCAUCGCCUUCACCAGUGACCACAUCGAGACCCUGCACGAGCUCGACAUCGAGUACUCCCAGAUCCUCGGAGAAGAGUGUGGGGUUGAAAACAUCAGAAGAUCAGAGUCUCUCAAUGGAAAUCCACUGUUUUUCAAGGCAUUAGCCGAUUUAGUUCGGAGCCACCUGAAGUCCAAUGAGCCGUGCUCCCGGCAGCUCACCCUGCGCUGUCCUCUGUGUGUGAACCCCACCUGCGGGCAGACCAAGGCCUUCUUCGCCAGCCAAAAACUCUGACCUUUCACUCUCUCGCCGCUGACCCCUCAUAGCGAAAAGCAACACCUAGUACAACUUACCUAAUUUAUAAAAAAAGACAAAAAUGAGGAAAAAAAGCUGAACCUGGAGCUCCGAACAGAACAAAAAUCCCAUUUCUCGCGUUAACCAGCCCUGCCCACAGCUCUGCGGAGCGGAGAGUCCCCAUUGGCCGCUGAUGUGCCGUCAUAUUGCUUAAACCAGUCAUCGUCAGUCAGCUGUGAAAAAGGAGCUUCCGAGGGACAAAUUGGGUUGGAUGGACGCAUAUAUGGCCUUUCAGGACCUGCAGUUGAGCACAGCAAGAUUUGUGUUUUCUGCUAACAUUCCUCCGAGUAUUUGCGAGUGCCUCUCCCUGAUAGGUUCUCUACAUGGAAGCCAAAAUGAUGUCUGUCCUAGAAUUCGAACUUUGCUCUGUCCUUCUCUCCUACUCCCAGUCCCUCCCUCCCUCCAUCACUGCGGUUUCCACUAGAUCUAGCAGUUGAGAAAUGACUGAAGAUGCUCUGAACAGGUGGACUGAGAGGAAAGUAGCCAACAGCACCAAAGCCACUGCUUUGAUGCUGUCAAAACAGUCAAUGCAUUAAAACUACAGCGUAAAGGUCAGUUAAUGGUCAAUAACAUGGCUAGACCUGGGGGUGUUCCUGUAUAUUAUGCUGCCCCUUCUUAUGGUGGAUGACCUGUUAGUGAUAAUAAUCAGUAAAAUAAAAAUCCCACCACAUUUUAAAUGUAAACGAUGUAGCUUUGUUUAAACUGCGUCAAUAUUAGGGAAAAAUACCACCACUUUAACGCUGUGCUGUUUUGGAAUUGGUCCAAACUGCCACACAUGCUUCUGUGAAAUGUGGUUAAAUACCUCUGCCCACCUGUUGGCAAGUGAAGACCACUUUCCAGUUUGUUUAAAGAAUCUCAGCAUAAUUUAAUCACUGAGAUUGGUUUGUUGUGAAGUGGUUCACUAGCUGUGUUUCUGUCGACUUGCUACGCAAAUCGCAAGCGAUAAAAUGAAACUGCGUUUAAAAACAUUGCUGUCCAGCAGCUCCUUUCAGUCAAACUGACAUUUUAUUUUAUUAUUUAUUGUUCUAACCGAACCGUUACGUGAGAGAGGUUGUUUCUCUGUCACACAGAGCUGUUUGAGCUCUUUCCGUUUAGAAAGACUGUAGUCUUUUCUGUUUGUCUCUCUCUGUAAGAGCUGAAACCUCAGUGUUCCUUUUAAAAACGCUCUCAUGAGGAAAAUGUGUCACAUGAUGCUAAAUUUAUGCAAAAAACAUUUCAAGCAACAGUGAACAAUUUACUUUUGCAAAAAUGCGAUGUAAAAAAAGUUUUGUUGAGAUUCAUAAAAUAUUACCAACAUUUUCCUUUUCCACAGCCUAAAUCCACAAACUCUUUAAAGCAUUAAAUCCUUUGGAUGGAAGCUUGUCGAGAAACUUCCCGACUCAGAUUCCUUUGCAGUGGUGGUGAUGGGGACCAGGUGUUUUGAUGUUUGCAACACAAAUAUAGACAUUUUAUUUAUUGUCCAAUUCUUCAUAACAAUUUCAUGUAGUAACUUUCUGUGAGGGAGCUUUUAGAGGUGGACGUCUGGUUUCUGUCACCACCACUGUGAACAGUUCUGACUCGGUAAGUUUCCUUAGAACAGACCAUUUCACACCAAACCACUCUGAAUGACUUUGUAUACAUCUUAACCAAUAAAUUAUGCAGAAAUGUGUAAAAAUUGCCUUUAAAAGUGCUUCUCAGAGUGCAACUGCACUGCUAUGUAGUCUAAAGGCUGUAGCUCAGCAAAGCCAUCCGCUUUGAAUGCAUUUCACUCGUUUCUCAACUUCCUCUCCUUUUCCCUCACCCCCACCCCCUUCACCCCCACCCCUCACAACAUAAUCAGGACCUUUUUUUCUCCAAAAUUGUGCAUUUUGGCCAGCGCCGAUCAGUUUCUCACGACUACCUGAAUGACUUUAAAAACUUUGAGGAGAAGAUCGCCUCUCUGACUCCUGCUGCUCCUGCUCGCACAACAGCGUUUACUAAGCAACUCCACCCUGGCUGACUAAACGCAACAGCGCCACCUUAGGGGUGGUAACGCACAGCCAACACAUCGUCACGUGCCUUUUCUCUGGCUCCUGGAGGACUCCAUGGAUAAACUUAGCUGAUUAAGUGCUUUAAGUUGUAUUAACAACGAACGCAAUACCAGGUUUUUGAUUUAUUUAUAUGAAUUGAAUGUGGUAUGUAUUCUUUCUUCUUUUAAGUGUCGUCAUAGAUCUGCUGUGUGUGUAUGAGGUUUGGCUGACACCACUAACAACAAACAAACAAGCAAGAUAAGGUAUUUAUUUAUUUAAAGCAGCCAGUGAGAGUUGGCGAACGUGUCAAUUGUUGCAUAUUUGUUUCUGAUUCGAAUUCAGUCUUCCGCCGUCGGCCAAUAAAGUAGGAAAGAAUUUCAUCCAGUGUAGCAGAUCCCACGUAUUUGUCAUUCCCUUUCUCUCUCUUUCUCUCUCUCUGUCUCUCUCUCUCCGUUCCUCCCUAUGGCGUGUCGGAGCUACUGUUGAUUAAGCUGAGAGAAAUUGGUUGUCCUGGACCCAAUAACCCCUCAGAGGAGUGUGUGCGUGUGAGGGAUGCUCCAGGGGCCAGCAGGAGCCUCCUGGUAAUUGAAAAGCGAGGACGCCGGCUCUACUGAGCAGUGUGACCUCUAAUUGAGAGGGGAGCGAUUGAUUUCUCCAUCGUGAGAGAAACUGGGAGGCAGGAGGGGGAGGAGGGAGGGAAGAAUGGGGGGAUGGUGCAGUUCUGAGGGAAGGAGGAGGGGAGAGAAAUGAAAGAAUGAACGUUGAUUCUCAAGAGGUGGGAAAGACUGACUGUGGGGAGGACUGGAGUAGACAGAGAGAUGGUUGGAGGGAGGGAUGUGGUGAGUGAGUGAGUGAGAGAGAGAGAGAGAGAGAGAACAAUAGGAUAUUUUGACUCCCUGGAUGCAGCUUGUGUUCAAAAGCCAGGCGCACUUAUAUUUUCCUGUUUUCAACACUCAAAUAACCCCACUCUGAAAAACUAAAUGUUCCUGGAAGAUCUUUUGAGGGGUUCUGCAGAACUCGCAAAGGUUCUUUAAGGAAAUGUAAAGGAAAUCCCUGCUUUGUUUACCUGCAUGCUUACUAAAAGAACCCUAACUUUAAUAGAAUCUAUAAUCAAUAGAAGCCCAUAUCGUAAGGGUUCUACGUUGACUACUAAACAUUAGAAAUGAACAGUUUAUUUUUAUUUUGUGUUCUAAGCAGGUUUAUUUCUUGCCAGUGCCACGUGGAGAUGUUCUGGGCCUUGUUAGUGUUAGAGAAAAGUCGGAAAACCAGGGGUCAGAUACACAAAAGCUUCCUUAAGAAAAAAAAAUAGCCUAUGAAUGGCCUCAAGACCAACACUGAGAAAGUUCAGGAGAAUAUUCUUAAAUGCAGUUCUCUAAAAGA